ACAAUGGACAAAAGGACAGUAAUUCUAAUAUAUUGUCUUUCAUUUGUGAUGUGCUGCUGUUGUUUUCCUCUGUCGUUUAGUAAACACCCACAACACGAUGAUGGUUUCUUCAAUGAAAGACCGUGCACUUAUUUGGAAAACAACUCUACACGCGUGAUCUUAAAUUAAAAGCAUCCAGGGCAACGCCUAAUUGCGGAAGAAGAGAGCGCCGCUCUCAACGCGUCCGCAGUCUUUCAAGUACAAGAUGUCACACAGAGCUCACCUGCAAACCCAUUUCAACAACUUUCGAAGGAAUUAAAAACACUGCACGCGCAAAGGUUGAGAUACCCGGAAUUGGACAUGAGGGCAAACUCAGAGGUGAUGCUGCAGAUGUCCGACGUCGAGCUGACGACUUCUCGCUUUGUUGGACCGGCCCAAAACUCCGGUUGUGUGAUCCAGAACACUUGCGAUCCAGAGGAUCCAAUACCCUGCACACAACCCCAGCAUACAGCGUCGGAGGUGGCCUGUGAGUCGAGGGGAAAGACUUUGCAAAAUGAAGAGCUUAAAAAGAGCGACGCAAACGUAAAGCAGCUGGAAGAAACCACCGUUUCCUUACGGGCCACGCAGGACUCGCUGAGGAGAACGUUGGCACUGGAGGAGAAACGCACACAAGGGCUGCUUGAAGACAAUGCGCAUCUUGAAGACAGCCUGGCCGCGCUGCAGAGCCAAUUUCAGACCAGCGAGUGCGCGGUGAGCGACAUUGGCGGAACCCGGCAUCGGGCCCGUGUCGGCCUGGAUGCAGAGAGGCAGAUUCCGGAACACGCCGGCAGAGAGGUGGCGUGUCUGCAGCGGGAACGCACAAAUGUCAGCUGCGCCGUUCAAAAGAAGGAGAAGGCUUUGGCGAUGCUUUUUAAGGAGACGGACGAUCCGAGAGCCAAGAUGGAGGGCGCCAACGGCCAGCAUGUUCACCUUAUUCACGCCAAAGAUACACCGGAGGCCAACUCUGCCGUGUGCCGAGAAGAACGACGUGCUUGCCACUCGGAGUUAGCGACACCAGAGAAGAAGUUAGAAAAGCGGCAGGUGGAUCUGGAUCCCCUCCGUUGGCAGCUGAAAGAAGCCCGAGAGGAAUUAAAAGGAGCCUGCUUGCAAGCGGAGGAGCAGAAAGAAAUGGCUGCAAUUUUCAAACACAAAUACACCGCCGCAAUGGAGAAAGUUCACCGAGUGCAAGGGCAGGUGAAACAUUUGGCUGAGGAGCUUCAAUAUUCCCAGCGACAGCUCAGCGAGUCCCAACAAGCGACCCGUGUCGUGGCCGGAGAACUGUCGGAGCUGAAGAGGCGUCACCAGGACAAGGUGGACCAAUGGGAGAGCUCGCAAGAGGCCCUCCACCAAUUGACGGACGAGCUCCAGAUCUGUCAAAAUCUGCUGAUCGAGAGCCAGCAAACGGUGGCUCACUUGAGACGCCUUGUGCGCAGCCUGCAAGGGCAAGUGGACGCACUCAAGCGGCAGAGAGUCGUGUUGGAGUGUGACCUGCGACUCUAUCGGCAGAGUCACUCUCACGCCAACGAGGACUACCUGAGCCUGCAAGGGAACGAGCGGAAGCUGCAGGGGCGCUGCAGCGAGCAGGCGGAGCGGCUUGUGGAGUGUGAAAAGGUUAUUCUACAGAUGAAAUCAGAGCUGGAGAGACAAAACCAAGAGCAGGGCAGUCCGAAGCAAAAUCUUGUCACGUCCUGCCGUGCACACCUAAGCCGGCGUGGACAAUGGGAACAGGAAGUGACGCGGCUGAAACAGGAACUUGCACACUUAGAGCGUGAGCUUGCUGACAGCCCAAAGAAGCUGAAGGGCCCUCACAGAGCGAACCCGAGUCUGAGCACUGAAGUCAGGCAGCUGAGUCAAGAGCUUGAGGCGCUACGCCGCAAACAUCGGACAACAGUGGAGGUGUUGGCAGCCCGUUCAAAGGAGGCCAAGCGCAUGGCGGCGUGUCCGACUGAGGAGGCGCAAGAGCAAGACGACAGACGGUAGGGAUGGCGAAUCUUCCUUUCCUUUCCUAUUGGCCCCGAGUGCUCGCUCGUUCAUCCAAAACAUCGAGUUCAUGAUGCGUGGCACACAGCGGGCGGUAAAAACGCAUAUGCGGCGGACAGUGCAGAGUCUUCGCUAAACAAAAUGGUCCAACAUGCACGUACUGUAUUUCACUGUCAAAGGUCAGAAUAGCGCCAUGGCAAGCGACAGACGAUAUCAUCCGUGGAUUUGAACUUG